GUAUCAUAAGAUCUAUGUUUAGCUUCAUUGAUACUUUGGUAGGCUUUUUUUUGCAUUUUUUCUUGCUUCUUUAUAUUUUUCAAUAUUUCUAUAUUUCUACAAAUUUUCCAUAUUUUAUACUAAUUUCUUUUUGUCUUAACCACCUUUUGGACUUCUUGAUCCCAUCACCAACUUUGUUUACCACCCAAGUAUUUUCCUUUGGAGUCACCUAAAACCUCUUUUGCUAUCCUUACAAUAUAAUUUGCCAUUUUAUUCCAACUACUAUUUGCAUCAACCAUAUCCCCUAUUAUCCAAUCACACUCUUUUACAAGUCACACCCUACAACUAGUAGAAAUCACACACAGUAGAAAUCACACACACACAAUACAAUGCAUCAAAAAAUUUAAAGCAUACAAUUUUGGGUGUGAAUCCAAGCUAGACUAAAAAUCCAUGCAAUAGUAAUUUUUUUUAUAAAAUUUUGUUAUAUUCCAAGAUUUGCAAGUGAAAACACAAAACACAAAAGUAAAUAUAUUAAGCCUACAAAUCCUAAACACAAAAAUCACCACAGCUAACCAACUAUUUGAAAAAAUUAUUAAUAAUAGCAAUAAAAAAUAACAAGAGAGGAGAAGAUGUCACCAGUGGCUGAAACUAAAAAGGUAAAGACAACUGCCUGAAAAAUACCCUUUGAUGCAGGAAAAUUAAUGCGGUGGCUGAAAUUAAAAGGAAGGCAAUGACAACUGAUUGAAAAUACUAUAGUGAAUACCCCUUGGUGCUAAAAAUUUUAUGCGAUGGCUAAAAUGGCAAGGUUGUAUUCUAGGCAAAGUUGGGUGCCCCAAUAGAAAAGGCAAUAACAAUUGGCUGAAAAUACUGUGGUAAAUAUCCUUUGAUGUUGAAAAUUUAUUGCCGAUUAAUGAAAAUCAAUUGAAGAAUAUGGAAAGCAACAAGGGAUUGCAAGAAUUCUUCAAUUCAAAUUCAAGAUUUGUGAUGGAGUUGAUUAGUCAACAAUGUCGAUGUAACCUCUCAUGCAAGUCACGCCACCUCACAUUCUCAUGGUCUGAGCUUCUAUAAACGAAAGAUUAAUGUACAGCUUAAUUGAUGACUGACCUGGGAAUUCUUGAUGUUUAUUUUAUCCCAAAUCUCACUGAAAAAGACGUCUGCGAAGAGCAUGAUCUAGAAUGACGAACCUGCUGGUACCUGAAGGCUCUUUUCCAGCAUGAUCUUGAGCAAAAGUACACAAUUGUGUGGAUUUUCAGAAGCUCAAGAAAUCAUUUUUGCAAAGAAUACGAACAUAAGUGAAAUUACAGGGAAAUAUGUUUUCUCGAAGAUAAGUGAGGAAACUGAGAGAAAGUAGGGACAAACAUAUUCUUGCAUAUCUCAGGCUCACCCUUUCUACUUUCUCUCAUUCUUCUUGUACUGCUACCCACGGCUUUGGAUCACUGGCCUUUUGUUUUUUUUGUACUGCUGUGGUUGUAUUCACAUUGUUAGACUAGACCAGAGCUUCAGAUUAUUGGAUGAUGAUUUGGCUUACCGAAUCCUGCUCUUCACAGCAAUCAUUCUCGGAGGAUCUCCUAUCAGGUGACUUCUUCCACAUGUUUUUGUUUCUCCUCUUUUCCCUUCUUUAGGUCCCUUCUAAGGUCAGCAAAAUCUUAGGGAUGGUGCAAAACCAUUGAACUUGCUGAUUGUUUUUUUGGAUUCACGAAGAUGAUGAUAUGUUUCAUGUUGAUAAUGAUAUGUUCAUGCUUACUUAUCUAGAAUCAAAUUUAUCCUUUGUUGAUGUAAUGAAGUAGCUAGGAAGGGAAGUAGUUGCAGGACUUGCCAUUUCAUGUUUCCACAUGUUUGAUUUAUAAUUGCUCUCAUAUAAAAAAUGUUUUUUUCCCCAUUUUCUUUAUUUAAAAUUUUUUUUUUUAUGAAAUUUUGUUUCCCAUGUGAGCCACUUUUGUCCAAAGACAAAUAUGUGCAGGGUGGCUGUGUAUAUUAGGCAAUGGAAAUUUUCUUUUCACAUCUAGGACAAAUUCCCCUCACUUCAUUUUCUUCUUUUCUUUAAACCAAAUAUCUCUAUCUCUAUAUUAUAAAAGCGUGAAGGAAGAAUUGGAACAGCAGAAAUGUCAAUUUUAUUGUGCUGCCUUUUCUGCUCCUGCAUUGUAACACUACUUUCAGGGGCUUUUUGGUAAAACUUGGAGAGGCAGAGAGGGUCUGGCACUUCUUCUGCAGUCAUUUAGUGCCUCACUCACCUCUUCUUCACCAAUGAAGCCUCCCUUUCUGCGACCUUAUUCAACAACCAUGAUGUCCGUUCCCAGAGCUCCCUUCAAUCACCGACCCCUUUACCCUCUGAUUGCAACCAUUGACGAUCCCAAGUGGGAGGUUUUCCGAUUGAAUGGAGAGGCGAUGCAGUGGUGGCGGUGGUGGCUGGUUUGUGUUGUUCUUCCUGCAUUACUUGAUGCUUCUGGUGAAGCCUUGGCUUUAUGUGGAGGAUUUUCUCGGAAGAGAGUGUUACAGGAAGCAAGGGUUUGGGGAGCUGUUGUUGGUGGUUGUCUUGCAGGUGGCGACAAUGGGGAACAGGAGAGUGGAGUGGUGUUCGCUUGACUGGAAUUCUAAUGUUAUUAGUUUUUAUGAGGAGAUGGGUACUCAAGUGUUGCAGGAAUGGAGGAUUUGCAGGUUAACUGCUAAUAAUUCAGCCCCUUUGUUUGAUGGUUGUGCUGAUCUUCAGAAGCUUCAAGGCUUAUGGGAUAAUGAAUGGGAGUACCUACAAUUGAAUUAGUUCAGAAAAGGGUUUCACCUGAAUAUGCUUGGAAUGUAACUCUAGACACUUACUCUAUUUGCUUUUUUUUUUUUGCCCCCCAGCAUGGAGAAAGAAGAAAUACAUUUCACUUAAACUCGUGAAUUAAUAGAUCUCCUAUGAGAAAAAAAUUACAUUCACAAUUUCCAUAAACCAUUAGAAAAUAAUGUCAAGUGGGGUAGUUUCAUUUGAUUGUACUACAUACACUUUUUAAGUGAAAAUUAUACAUUUCAUGGUUUCUUACCCAGCUGGAU